AUGAGUAUAGAAUACUUCGCAGCUAGCAGAGGUCUUGCUAAACGCAAAGUUAAACCUGUAGAGCCGCAGUCGUUGUUGGAUUUCGAUCUUGGAGAGGGUGAGAGCUCUGAUGAUUCUGACUUCCGAAUCGAAGAUCAUCCCGAAGAGAGUGACGAUUAUUCUAUAAAUACUGACGAUGAAGAAAAAAAAAAUGCAAAGAGUGAAAGUUCAGAAGAACAGUCAGGCUCGGAUGACGAAGAUGAAUUCAAAAAUACAACCAACAAGUUGGGAGAGGAAAUGUGUGUUACUGAUUUACUGGAAAAAGCCAAACAGAAUGAAUUUAAGUUUCCAGAGCUGGCCAAUGUCAUGAUAUGCGCCGGUUGUCUCGGCUCGAGGAGUGAUGAUAUCAAUGAGAUUGUUGAAUGUGAUGGUUGUGGUGUUACAGUUCACGAAGGUUGUUAUGGAGUAUCAGAUGUUACAAGUGAGUCCAGUACAGUAAGCUCGGCCUCUACAGAACCCUGGUUUUGUGAGGCUUGUAAAGCUGGUGUCACCGACCCUAACUGUGAAUUGUGCCCUAAUAAAGGUGGAAUAUUUAAAGAAACAGAAGUUGGUGCAUGGGUUCAUCUAGUAUGUGCGUUAUAUGUGCCGGGGGUUGCAUUCUCAGAGGUUGAGCGUCUGUCAGGAGUGACCCUGUUUGAGAUGGCAUAUUCCCGGUGGGGGGCUAGGGCUUGUGCGUUGUGUUCAGAUGGAGCCCUAGCUCGGACUGGGGUUUGUGUUGGCUGUGACGCUGGACUAUGUAGGACGUUCUUUCAUGUUACAUGCGGUCAACGUGAAGGUUUAUUGGCGGAGGCGCAUUCAGAAGAAGCUGAACAAGCGGAUCCUUUCUAUGCACACUGUCGCUUACAUUCAGAUAAAACACUAGUCAAGAAACGGAAAAGAAACUGGCUGGCAUUACAGCUGAGAACAGAAAAAAGGAAAAUGGAGUUACAGAAUAAUCUAAGUACCGAAGAGAAGAAAAGAAUACAGAGGAAAUUAAUCAAGUAUAGAAAGAAGUAUUCACUGCAAAAAGAAAAUAGAAAUCCGCCAUGGGUGCCUACUCAAAAGAUGGCGCGCAUGAUAUACAGCAGCGCGUCGGCGGUGCGUAAGUUUCAAGAUAAGGCGCUCUGUAUGGGUGUGGACACACAUGCGUUAGAGUUUAGAGAUUCACAGAUGGCAGCACUGAAGGAUGUAUCUCGUAGAUGGCACGUGCCGCCCGCGUUCUCAGUGGAGUUCGUUGGUUAUUACUUGGAGAGGAACACUCGAGUGACGUCACUGAGGAAGUCUUUGGAACGACUGACGAAGGAGAACGAAAUACUAGUAGCUGAUGAUGAAGAUCUACGAACAGAAUAUGAUAAGGCUUCAAAGGAGAACACAGAUGCCAUAGCCGAGUUGGCGUCUACAAGGCUCGGAUUACAGAAGAUAUAUGACACUAUAGUGUGUCUGUGCCCUAAGAAGUCAAUUCCCGCCAUACUAGAGGACCGACCGCUGGUCAUAGCUCCACCGCGAUCCACGCCUAAGGUCACGCCUCAACAGUUACAAAAACGGUCGAUAUCUGUUCCCACCGCUGCUGCUCUUAAGAUGGGCGUUGGUUUUCCUCUUAGCGACAACCCGGACGCUCGCCACGGGAAAGUUCUCUCUACGUCUAUGGAAGCAAGCGGUGACGGCGCGCUAGCAGCUCGCGCAUGUUUCGCGUGUGGUAGAGCCAGUGAGCGACAUCUGAUGGCGGCUUGCGAUACUUGCAGACAUCACUACCACUUACAUUGCUUACGACCACCAUUGCAAAGACCACCCAAAAAGACGAAGCUAUACGGAUGGCAAUGUUCAGAAUGCGACAAGACUUCAGAUUCGGAACCGGAAGUGCUUGAGAAGAAAGUGCCUCGUCGUUCACGAAUACGAUACAGCAAAGACGGAGCUAUAGUAACGGAACCACUGAGUCCGGGCUCCGUACCUAACUCACCACCCAAACCUAAGAUAGAAAAGACUUUGAAGGUCGAGAAAAAGAUGAGCCUAUCAACAGAGAAUAUAUCACCCAUAAAAGUCACGAUAAAACCGUUCGAGUUCACCAACGAUUGUCCGGAAGGAAACGAAGUUAAGGUGAAAAAGGAGAAAAAGUCGAAAUCCAAAAAGGAUUAUUCCUCGACAUCCGGCGGAGAGAGUGAAAUAUCAGCUAAGAAGAUACAUAAAAGAAGUUUCACAUCACCCAUACUAACGAACACUCCUCUCAUGUCGAUCACACCGAUAGUAGCGGACAGUCCCAGCGACUCACACAACGAUCACUCAAACGACUCAACAAACAUACCGCCUAAAGAACCGAGCUUCUUUUCCCAGAACCUCUCAUUCUCGGCGCUAUUGAAUGAACCGAAAGAAAGAGAUAGCAAGACUAUAGAGAGCUCCAUAGAAAAUACACUAGCGAACCUGUCAUCCGAUAUAGCGAUGUACAAAGCUAAUAGAAAGAGAAGGAAGGAGAAACACAGGUCUAGAUAUUCACCUGAUCUGUUACGAUCACCGACGAAAUCACACAAACACAAGAGGAAGAAGAAGACUCAGGACAUAGAGAAUCCUGAUACACCACAUCCAAGGAUUACUAUCAAGAUAAAACCUAUACCUAAACCCGAUGGUUCUCUAGAUACACAGAUGUUCUACGUGCCCACAGACAGCAAUGAUGGACCACCGCCUGCCGUUAUAAAGAAGAUAUCCAAGCAGUGUGAGACCGAGCCUCCCCCCUCCCCGCCCCAGGCUGUUUCCCCUCCCUCCGCUGACCAGCUCGCCGCGUCUCGUUCCCGUGAGAGUCGCGUUCGUGGUUCGAUGUCAUCUCGUCCACCGCGGGCCGCGGCCACACCUCUCACACACUGCGAUGUAUGUUCAGAACCGGGGGAUAGCACCAACCUUGUCAGAUGCGACGAAUGCAGUAAGCGGUACCACUUUACUUGUCUGGAGCCGCCGCUGAACAAGAAUCCGAAGAAACGCGGCUAUUCGUGGCACUGUGCCGAUUGCGAUCCAACUGACUUGGAAGAAAAUAACUAA